CCGUCUGGCAACGUCGACAAUUUCACUGACACUCGCGAGAGAAAAAUCUCGGCCGCCGCAUUACGCGACGCGUGCGCCCCGGCGGCCGGAGAACGUCGCGACGCCCGCCGCCUCCGGCACACGCGGUGCGGAGCGUCGGGACGGCAGAGCGGCCGUCGUCGCGUCAGUCGCUUUGGGGACGCGCGACCGCCAACGACCGUCUGACCACCUGUUGACGCGCGAGUCACUUUUUUUUCACUCAAAAAAAAAAAAAAUUCCAAAAUUUCGCAGGGGCUGAAGAAACAAUUGAACUAACUUUCCUCCCCCUGACACCCUCGCGCGCGCUCAAAUAGUGAUUGAGGAACGCGAAGUAGUGGCGACGUCCGGAGUAGUCGUGGUGCAGUUUCCUUAAGAGAGUUCGCGUCUUUUUAAAUUAUUUAUUAAUUAAUGGUUGGCAAUGCGAAGGAAACUAAUUAUAGACCAGGUGCGGACGUUGCUUUAAAAUGAACUUUGCGGCUUCAUAACAAGGAGCGAAGAUGCUGAAUCUGUUUCAUAAACUGUCGAAAAAGAGAAGAACAUUAAUUACUCUGCAGCAGCAGCACCACCACCGUUUUUUCAGUGAUAUUUGCUCAAAAUAGCCCCCGUGCGGCCGCAUUCGGCGGGAGAGGGGGGCCCCGGAAAUCGAUAACGGUCCUCUAUGCGGCCCUUUUUCCUACACAACAAUAAUUAGUCCUGAAAUCUUCCAGUUUUAUAUACAAACAAAAAUUAAACAACAACCGCCAAAACAAUCGCCAAAAAAAAAAACAAUUAACUUAAAGACACCGCGUGGGGGGGGGCCAAGGGGGUAAUGAUUAACGGCCACCAUGACGAUGUGGCAGAGCGGGAUGGGGACCCACGGGGGGAAAAACAACGCCUGGCUCAAGCUGAUGGGGAUCAUGCACAAGGAGCGAAGGCACCACGACUCCGGGGGACCCGGCAGUACCGACAAGGCGCUCAGUCAGUCGCUGCCCAAGCUCAGCAGCCAGGACGAGGACGGGCACACCCCCCACUCCCAGUUCACUGGAGUUGCGCACUUCGAGCCCAUUCCACACGACCACGAUUUUUGCGAGCGUGUCGUCAUUAACGUUAGCGGUCUACGUUUCGAGACCCAACUGCGCACCCUCAAUCAGUUUCCCGACACGUUGCUAGGAGACCCCGCGCGCCGGAUCCGGUACUUCGAUCCGCUCCGGAAUGAGUACUUCUUCGACCGGAAUCGGCCCUCGUUCGACGCCAUUUUGUAUUAUUAUCAGUCCGGGGGAAGGCUCCGGAGGCCGGUCAACGUGCCCCUGGACGUUUUCAGCGAGGAAAUCAAGUUUUACGAGCUGGGCGAGCCGGCGAUCAGCAAGUUUAGGGAGGACGAGGGAUUUAUUAAGGAGGAAGAAAAACCGUUACCGAGCCGCGAGUUCCAGCGCGACGUGUGGCUCCUGUUCGAGUACCCGGAGUCCUCGCAGGCAGCGCGCGUGGUCGCCAUCAUUUCCGUCUUCGUCAUCCUCCUGUCGAUCGUCAUCUUCUGUCUCGAAACGUUGCCCGAGUUCAAGCACUACCACGUCUUCAACACGACCACCAACGGCACCAAGAUCGAGGAGGACGAGGUGCCCGACAUCACCGAUCCGUUUUUCCUCAUCGAGACGAUCUGCAUCGUCUGGUUCACGUUCGAGUUGUCGGUGCGGUUCUUGGCGUGUCCGAAUAAGUUGCACUUCUUCCGUGACGUCAUGAAUUUCAUCGACAUCAUCGCGAUCAUCCCGUAUUUCAUCACGUUGGCGACGGUGGUGGCGGAGGAGGAGGACCCGAUCCAGCUGCCCCGCGCUCCCGUCAGUCCCCAGGAUAAAAGCACGAACCAAGCGAUGUCGCUGGCGAUAUUGCGGGUAAUCCGAUUGGUCCGAGUCUUCCGUAUAUUCAAGCUGAGCAGACACAGCAAGGGCCUCCAGAUAUUGGGGCGCACCCUCAAGGCGAGCAUGCGCGAACUCGGUCUGCUCAUCUUCUUCCUAUUCAUCGGCGUGGUGCUGUUCUCGUCGGCCGUGUACUUCGCUGAGGCGGGCAGCGAGAACUCAUUCUUCAAGUCGAUCCCGGACGCGUUCUGGUGGGCCGUCGUUACGAUGACGACCGUCGGAUACGGCGACAUGACGCCCGUGGGAGUAUGGGGCAAAAUCGUCGGUUCCUUAUGCGCGAUCGCCGGCGUCCUCACCAUCGCCCUCCCCGUGCCCGUCAUCGUCUCGAACUUCAACUACUUCUACCACCGGGAGACCGAUCAGGAGGAGAUGCAGAGUCAGAACUUUAAUCACGUGACCAGUUGCCCCUAUUUGCCCGGCACAUUGGGUCAACACAUGAAAAAGGGGUCGCUGAGCGAGUCCUCGAGCGACCUGGUCGAGCUCGAGGAGGGUCUGCUGGUGACGCGAGAUCAGCUGACCCGCAAACAGAACUGCAGCAACCCGACGUCGCGACGCCAAAAUAACAACAUUAAUGCGGUUACCAUGGAGACUGACGUUUGACUACAAGUGAUGGAUGCUCGUCUGCGUCCCCAUUACUACUACUACUACUACUACUGCUACCACCACUAUAACACUUGGGGCGGCACCACAGCAGCCGCCGCCCAGUUCGCCAUCAUCGCCGCCCUUUUUCAUCAUCAUCGUCAUCGCAGCCGCCGCCUCCAUCAGCCCUACGAGAGCCGCCCUUUAGUAGUACUUCUCUUAUUAAUUAUUAACGUUUGCUACGGUAGACGGAGACGACGGCGAAGAAGAAGAAGAAGAAGAAGACGGAGAAGGAAAAUUCGUCCUCCCUUCUACGUUACCGCCCCCCCGUCGCCCUUAAAUAGCCAAAUAUUGUUGUUGUUGUUGUUGUUGUUGAUGUUGAUGUUGUGGUACGGUAGUAGUGCGGCGUCCGAUAAUAGUGUCGUUUAUUUAAGUGGAGGAAAACUGUGGGUGAUGACGAACAAUCGUGGUAGGACCGAGAAAAGGGGCGGGCCCAUGCCGCCGCCCACCGCCCCAACAAAACUGUUACUACGUCAAAUUUUUACCCCGUUUAGGACUUUUUUUAGUGUGAUCUUGAUUUUUUUUUAGGGGGGGUGGUCGCCCCCCUGUUGCCGCCGCCCCCCGUGAUAACUGUAUUAUAUUAUUAUUGAUAUGGUGCGACUGAUGUGUAAUUAAACUCGUUUUUAUUAGGGUGAGAUAUCCUGCCAAAAAAAUAAUAAAUAAAUUAUUAUUACGAUAUAAUAAUAAUAAUAAUUAAAUGAUACCUUAAGGGUUUAGAUUAAACAAGAAAUCGCCAUAAUUUAAUGAAUCGAGUCGAAGCCAACAGCAAGGGAGAGGGGGGCGUCGCGGGGUCGCCCUCCACUUGACAGCAAACGUGUUUUUUAUCUGUGAUAAUCACGCAUGAUUGAAAUAUCAAAGGGGCGGCACACCAUUAAUAAAAAACAAUUUUUACUACUACUAUUGCUUAGUGCUAAACAGCCCCCCUCUUCUUAUCCGCCCCCCCCUGUUCCGUAGGCCGCCCUUUCAAUAAUUUUUGAUGUGCCGCCCCAAUAAACAAAAGACGCCCUCCUCUCUCCUUACUAUCCUCCCCCCUUCUCCCCCCCGCGACGUCGAUGCUGCGUAGUUGUGCUCGCUCACUCACUCACAGCGACUUUUCAAAGAGAGAGAAAACUAUAGAGUUAAACUAUGACAAAACCAAUAAAAAAAAAAGGAAAAAAUUAAAUAAAAAAAGUGUAAUUAAUUAAUUAAUUAAUUAAAAUAAUUAUUAUAAUGAAAUAAAUAAAUAAAAAUUAGUUUCCGGCACUGUUUUAAGUGCUCGUAUUUUUGGGCUGUGUGAAGCUUAUUUACUACUCCCGGGGUUGGAUUAGCUUUAGCCCUCGUUACAUAUCCACCCGCGUAGAGGGGCAGACCGGGCCGUAAUUUUUUCGAUUGUUUUUGGGUUUUUUUUUUUUUGGUUUUUUUUGGGUUUUUUCGGGCUCAGUGCGGUCCUGGAUUGAUUCGUUUGUUUUUCCAGUGCAUUUUGCGUAUUUACAUCGAUCAGGGACGUGAAUUCUCCAAUAAACCUUUCCUUAAUUAAAGUUCUAUAACUUCUAGGUAGUUUCAAGCAUUUAAAUGAAAUAAAUGGUUUCUUAUAGGGAAAUGGUAUAGCUAUAGAGCUAUGUAGCUUAAUUUCUUAAAUUUCCUGAGUUUCCACACUUUUAACCCCUUCAAACUUUAAGAAUUUUUAUUCAGACCGACCAGGGACCCGAAUUCUCAAAUAAAUCCUCUCUGAGUUAAAUUACUAUAACUUUGACUCAGUUUGAGAUAUUUUAAUGAAAUAAAAAGCCUCUAGUAGGAAACUAGUGUAGCUAUACAGCUAUGCAACUGAAUUUCUUAAAUUUCCUGAGUUUCCACCCUUUUCACCCUUUCAAAUUACAAGAAUUUGUAUUCAGACCGACCAGGGACUCGAAUUCUCAAAUAAACCCUCUCUGAGUUAAAUUACUAUAACUUUGACUCACUUUAAGAUAUUUUAAUGAAAUAAACAGCCUCUAGUAGGAAAAUAAUGUGGCUAUACAACUAUAUAGCUUACUUCCCUAAUUUCCUUAAAUUUCUACCCCUUUUACCCAUUAUUCUUGACUUAAUCUUUGAGAGCUUGUAAAAAAAUUCCCCAUUAGAAAUAUUGACUUGGAUUGUUCUUUAAAUUAAAACAAAAAGAUUUCUAAACGAAUUUAGGUAACCUUAAACAAAUUUGGACAAUUUUUGAGGAAAUUAUGGAGGUUUUUGUACUGGAUGUCCUAAAAAUUUGGUCAAUUUUCACCAUCAUCUUUGACAGCCUGUAAAAAAUUAUUUUUUUAGAAUAUUGACUUGAAAUGUUUUUUAAAAUAUAAACUGAAGCUUUCCAAACAAAACAAGGUCACUUUAAACAAAUUUGGACCAUUUUUGAGGAAAUUAUGGAGGUUUUUGUACAGGGUGUCCACAAAAUUUGGUCAAUUUUCACCAUCAUCUUUGACAGCUUGUAAAAAAUUAAUUUUUUAGAAUAUUGACUUGGAAUGUUUUUUAAAAUAUAAACUGAAGUUUUCCAAACAAAAUAAGGUCACUUUGAACAAAUUUGGACCAUUUUUGAGGAAAUUAUGAAGGUUUUUGUACAGGGUGUCCAAGUAAUUGAAAAAAUUUACACCAUCAUAUUUGACUGCCUGUAAAAAAUUCCUUAUUUAAAGUAUUGAUUUGGAAUGUCUUUUAGAAUAUAAAUUGAAGUUUUCCUAAUAAAAUAGGACAACUUAAAGUGAAUUUGGACCAUUUUUGAGGAGAUUAUGGACGUUUUAGUACAGGAUGUUCAAAAAAUUGGAAAAAUGUUCGCCAUCUCAUAAGCUUCUCUAUAAUUAAAGUCUCAUAACUUUAAGUAAAUUUUACAUAUCUAGAUGAAAUAAAUCGCUUCUUAUAGGGAAAUACUGUAGCUAUACAGCUAUAUAGCUUACUUCCUUAAUUUCCUUGAAUUUCCACCAUUUUCAUCCCUUCAAAGUUCAAAGAUGUAUCUUCUAACUGACCAUGGACUCAAAUAAAUCUCCUUUGAGUUAAAUUACCAUAACUUUGACUCACUUUGAGAUAUUUUAAUCAAACAAACAGCCUCUAGUAGGAAAAUAAUGUGGCUAUACAACUAUAUAACUUACUUCCUUAAUUCCCUUCAAUUUCUACCCCUUUUACCCAUUAUUUUUGACUUAAUCUUUGAGAGCUUAUAAAAAAUUCCCCAUUAGAAAUAUUGACUUGGAUUGUUCUUUAAAGUAAAACAAAAGGAUUUCUAAACGAAUUGAGGUAACCUUAAAUAAAUUUGGACUAUUUUUGAGGAAAUUAUGGAGGUUUUUGUACAGGGUGUCCAAAAAAUUUGGUCAGUUUUCGCCAUCAUCUUUGACAGCGUGUAAAAAAUUAAUUUUUCAGAAUAUUGACUUGGAAUGUUUUUUAAAAUAUAAACUGAAGUUUUCCAAAGAAACUAAGAUAACUUUGAACAAAUUUGGACAAUUUUUGAGGAAAUUAUGGAGGUUUUUGUACAGGGUGUCCACAAAAUUUGGUCAAUUUUCGCCAUCAUCUUUGACAGCCUGUAAAAAAAUAAUUUUUUAGAAUAUUGACUUGAAAUGUUUUUUAAAAUAUAAACUGAAGUUUUCCAAACAAAUUCAGACAACUUUGAAGAAAUUUUGACAAUUUUUGAGGAAAUUAUGGAGGUUUUUGUACAGGGUGUCCAAGAAAUCGAAAAAAUUUACACCAUCAUAUUUGACAGCCUGUAAAAAAUUAAUUUUUUAGAAUAUUGACUUGGACUAUUUUUUAAAAUAUAAACUGAAGUUUUUCAAACAAACUAAGACAACUUUGAACAAAUUUGGACCAUUUUUGAGGAAAUUAUGGAGGUUUUUGUACAGGGUGUCCAAGAAAAUGAAAAAAAUUACACCAUCAUAUUUGACAGCCUGUAAAAAAUUCCUUAUUUAAAAUAUUGAUUUGGAAUGUCUUUUAAAAUAUAAAUUGAAGUUUUCCUAACAAAUUAAGACAACUUAAAGCGAAUUUGGACCAUUUUUGAAGAAAUUAUUGACAUUUUAGUACAGGAUGUCCAAAAAAUUAGAAAAAUGUUCGCCAUCUCAUAAGCUUCUCUAUAAUUAAAGUCUCAUAACUUUAAGUCAAUUCUACAUAUCUAGAUGAAAUAAAUGGCUUCUUAUAAGGAAAUACUGUGGCUAUACAGCUAUAUAGCUUACUUCCUUGGUUUCCUUGAAUUUCCACCCUUUUCAACCCUUCAAAGUUCAAAGAUGUAUCUUCUAGCUGACCAGGGAGUCAAAUAAAUCUCCUUUGAGUUAAAUUGCCAUAACUCCCACCCAGUUUAGGCAUUUAUUAGUGCAAUAACGCACCUAUAUAACCGCCUCCCUUUUUUUCUCAAUUAAUUAAUAAUUACCGUGAGAGGACUGUGAAUGAACAUAUCAUCUUAUAAUAGGGUUCGUUUUAAAGCCUCUUGGAGUAAACGGGGUCAUUUGUGCAUUAUUUGAGCGGGUUUACACUGCAGGCUUUAAAUCGAACGACAGUUGAUUUAGUGUCUUCAUAUCAUAGGACGUGCGUGUCAUAUCGUGUGAGUUUAGGUUUUUCUUUUGUUAUUUAAGGACCGUACUAAGGCCGAAAAGCCGCCCUCGCAAUUUUAAUUAAAUAAAAACGAAACCGCUGUAAUCAUAUUAAUUGUGUAGAUAAUCAAAUAAUCAAAAAACAAAAAAAAUAAUAAAGAAAA